AUGGCAGGAACAGGAGUUCCGCCAAUCAACAUCGAGGGCACCGCUGAUUGGUCAUCCUUGAGUAGGAUGAUGAACAGCAAGGGGAUUCAAUUCUCCAAAGCGAGGACGGCGGGUACCAGUGUGAAGGUAUUCACAAAUACACCAGCUGACUACCGUCAGCUAGUCGCACUGCUUGAAUCCAUCAAGCGGCCCUUCUUCACAUAUCAACUGAAGGAGGACAGGAUGGACCAGAGGGUCAUUCGUGGGCUUCCGAGAGAGAUGUCAGUCAAUGACAUCAAAGAGGAUCUGGUGAGCCAAGGCAUCGCAGACGCCGUGGUUCAGCAGCUGACCUCAAGGACCACAAAGAAGCCACUUCCGCUCUUCCUCGUCAAGACGAAGAUGCCGGAAAAGCUUGCAGAGAUCCAGAGGCUGGCCAUGCUCACGGUCAGCUUCGAGAGGAAGAAAAAGUCUUCCGAGCCCAGCCAGUGCUACCGCUGCCAGCGGUACGGGCACACACAGCGGAACUGCCGUCUCGCUGAACGGUGCGUUAAUGUGGAGAGGACCACAACAGCACCAGCUGCAGUCUGCCAGCGCCGCCAACAGGGCAACGAAACGCCAAGUGUUGCCUCUGUGGAGAAGGCCACCCCGCCAACUACAAGGGAUGUAGUAAGGCGCCGAAGAAAGCGCUGCUUCUGCCCCCAAAGCAGUCCCCACCACAAAUAG